AUGCUGAGUGAGGCACGGCACAGCUUUCCUAUUGGCCAUAUCAAGGCGGUAAGGCACCACGCUAACUUGAUAGCAUGUUAUGUUGACACAACCCUUGUACAUGUGGAGCAGGCUCUAGAGGACGAGAAAAGACGUCGACAGGUGUUAGCAGAACAGAUACGGCCCUUAACACUUUUUGAAUAUCUUGAUGCCUGCCACACUUAUCUUUUCCGGGGUCUUGUCCCUGGGAACACUAAGCAUUCAACCAAAGGAAGUGCCGACAAUGCUGAUGGCAAACUCCGUCCUCAUCGCCUCCGGGAAUGGCUUCUGUUCGCCAAUGCACAGACGGAAAUAUGGGAUCAAUUACUGAAUCAAGAGAAUGAAGAGUUUAUCAUGCAGCCCAAAUUUGACUCCUUGAAUGUGAUAAUGGCUCAGGGAAAGAAGACAUGGAAAAUCAUUCACUCAGAACUCGACCUUCACUAUUUCCAACAGGAUGUCAUCACAGAGCCUGUAGAGGCAAUUAUAGCGGCUUUUUUUGAGAAUGAGGGACUCCGACAUGUAUUUGGACUUCAGGGGCAGAUUGCCUUUGAAAACCACACAAAUACACUUAGUGACAGUGAGGAGGAUAAGAGAGUUGUGGCACGUCCAUCAAAGCUUCAGGAAGGAACUGAAGGGGCUGCAACACCUAUCACCUCUCCAGCUUCUGCCCGACCUCUGGCAGAUGAGUUUUGCAUUUACAAUAAAGGGGAAAAGGUCGAAAUCCCUGCCUUGAUUGGUGAACUAAAGCCACCACACAAGCUUCCACUGACGGUUAUUCAAAACGGGCUUCAAGACAUGGAGCUUGAUGAGGUAGUUGAGCUUCAUCGUGACGACACAGAAAAAAUAAAGGAUCAGUGUUCGGUGGCUGCAGUUAUCACACAGGCCUUUUCUUACAUGGUUAAGGCUGGUGUUGAAUACGGGUAUGUGAGCACUGGUGAAGCAUUUAUUUUCCUUCACUUCAAAGCCGAUGAACCAGGGACUGUUUAUUACUAUCUUUCAGUUCCUGAGACGGAUGUGGGCAAGGAAACUGGAUUUACAGAGGAGUUUGAAGGUGAUGACAACAAACUACAUAUGACAGCAGUUGGGCAGGUUCUUGCUUUUACACUCCGAGCAAUACAGACUACCCCACAUGACCAAAAAUGGAAAGAAUGGGCCUCAAACCAGUUGAAUGUGUGGGUGGUUACGGAAGAAGAUUUAUAUCCGUCAACCCAGGAGGAAGAUGAGAGGUCACUCACACCUUACACGCUACGGAAAAGUGCCCAGAUCUUUGUCAGGAAUAGCCCUGUCCGCACCCGAUCACUGGCCGCACGGUCGACCUGCAGACCACCAUCUUCAUUGCAGAACAGUAGUGGGGAUGAUGACAACGAUCAUGAAUCUGACCCUGAUUCGCUUAGUCAAAGACCUCACCAGCCUGCCGAUUUCAUGGUUGUUGUACCUCCCCCACCUACCUGGGCAUCAUCCCACAAGGGCCCCGUCUGUAAGGAUGGAACUCGGCAAUAUUGCACACAGAAGUGCCUGCUUGGUCUCUUGAAUGGUGGGCCGCUGGAUAGAGCCUGUCCAAAUGUCAAAGAACAUGGGGCAAAUGUUCAUAAGAUUGACCACCCCACUUUCCUCUCUCUCCUCAGGGCACAGAUACUACAAGAAAUAGUAGAUCCGUGGACCGAUCCUCUAGGUUGUGAAUCACUGCAUAGACAUGGUUCUCGCGGUGCACUGUUUGAAGUUAUCCUUUUUCAAUAUGGCUACACCCUUGUAGGAAAAGGCUUCCCACCGGAGUUUGGCCACUACCUCAGGCAUGAAAAAGCACUCUACGACCAGUUGAAGCCAAUACAGGGCUUGCAUGUCCCUGUAUGUCUUGGCACGAUUGAUGUGUCUAAGCGGCCCAUGUUCUACGACGGAAUCGCAGACAUUCCACACUUCUUACUUCUCGCCCACGCAGGCACUAAUGUCUCAGAAUGUGAUGUUUCAGAAGAUCAAAUUGUGUCUGCAGCAUCAAAGUCGCUGCAGGCCAUUCAUGCGCUGGGUGUACUCCACCAUGAUGCAGAGACCCGAAAUUUGUUCUGGAGUGAGGAAGGUGAGAAUGUGCUAGUUAUUGAUUUUGAAAGAGCAGAGAUUCUUCGUCCUAAACGAGCGCUGCUAGGAAACACGCCACCAAAUCGGAAGAGAAAGAGGGGAGGUGAAAGUAUGGUCAAAGAAACAAAGGUAGAUGUGAGACGGAAGUGGAUUGACACCAAGUUUGAGAGAGAGCUGAAGGGGAUGGUUGAGUACUUGAAUACAUAUCUCAAGUCUUGAUAUUAUAGGCGUAGACCAAGAGGUCACAGACUUACAUGUAUGUAAGCUGCUGUCAGAGCAACCUUUUGUCGUCUAACAGAUAAAGUGUAGCUGGUGUGGAAGAGGUUCAUGUUGUCUGUCUCUUAUACCUACUGUUUUAUAGCUUGUUUACAGAUUGAUACUCUUUGCGUUGAUGUAUUUUCAAUUCUAUUGUUUUGCCUUCCCUUAACUAGCCUCUACAUAUAUAUAAUGGCUAAGCGGAUCGAAACUUUUUC